CAGCAUUUGAUGAACAUCCACACCUCAAUUGCAUCCCACAAAACCAUGUACAGCAUACGACGGAGCUGCUACCAGGCGCUCCAGUCCCGGACCGCUCCUCCGAUCUUCACCACCACCACCCGACGCGCUUUUUCACAGACGCCCAUUCCCCACCGCGGUUCUCUCCCCGUCUACCUCGAGGCUUCGAAACCCGAACUCACCGACCGUCUUGCCACCACAAACAGCAGGAUCCUUCUGCCAAAGCUCCUCACUAAAGAGCAGGAGCAGCUCAUCUACAAGCCAAGGAACAAGGCGCGGCUCGAGGCCGAUCCCAUUGAAAUCACACUGGGCGAUGUCACACUACCGCUCGAGCACAUCGAUCGCAACCGCGACAUCCCGAGCCGACGGAAGAAUCUCUAUCGGAUUAUCGAAUUGAGCGAGACUAAGGAGGACUGGGAGAAUGUGCUCCGCGUUGCCAUAGGGUACGAGAGUGCAGGGAUCCACCUGAAGCCGGAAUGGAAACAGAAGGUUGUUCGGCACCUCAAUGAAGCGGGGGCACAGCACUUGAUCCUGAAAGCGCUGCAGCGCGCCAGCUCCACGGGAAUCAGCUUGCGCGACUGGGAUAUCCUUGUUGAGGUGCUUAAGGCUGCAAGAAAUAUAGCGGCGCAAGCAGACUGGGAGCAGGAGGAGCUUCAAAAGGCGUUAAAGUUCGCGGAGCAAGUGGUGGAACUCAUGGAGGACGAUGUACAUUUGGGAAGAGCGAAAGGUGAGGCGGAUUACAGGACGCAUCCAUCCGUCAUUGCGGUGCCCUUGGAGAUGGCGGCCGAGCUAGCCUACCGGCACGAAGGUGACACGGCAAGGGUGAAGAAGUACGCCGGCAAAUUAAUGAAGGGCUUGCAACAAAGGGGCUUCUUCGAUCCCGAGCAACAGACUACCCUGACAGCUCUCCGCACCCUCUCCGCAACACCCCCCUCCGACCUCCCCUCCCCUGACGAAAAAACACGCGUCUUCUUCGCCUCACUAAGCCACAUACACGCCCUCAUUCCUAUCUGGAACGCCCUGAGCACCACACGCACCGUCCUCGAUACCGAAAUGCCCAUGCCCGCUGAAGCCGAGGCCACGCAACAGAGCAUCUUUGCCGCUCUUCAGGAAGCGCUGAAGGCGCUGGAAGUUCUGGGUGCGAGGCCCAAUGGUGCGGAGAAUCGGUUCAAGAGCCAGUUGGCGACUGUGAGAGCAGAGAUUGAGCAGUGCCUGGAUGAGGGGACGGACUGA